AUGAAAACGUACACUAAUGGACCAGGUGCAGUUGAUAUAGUAUAUGAAACAUCUAUAAUGUUAUUUUAUGGGACAUUGAUCGGAGAGCCGUGCACAUCGUCAUUGUCAACAUGUACGGACAAUAAUGCUGGUUGUAACGGAACCGUUUGUGACUGUCUAUCAGGCUUCGCGCAUAAUGGAUCUAUCUGUGUUGGAGCUGACCUCUGUGACCCGUGUGAUACCACCUGCCAGUCUCCAUAUGUUUGCAGCUCAAGUACCUACAGAUGUGAAUGUCCGCCAGAUGAAGUUCAGAUAUCGGACAGCUGCUAUGGUACCCACGUCGGUGAUGCAUGUACUACAAGCCUGAAUACAUGUAUUGACGAUUAUGCGGAAUGUAACGGCACUAUUUGUAAUUGUAUUGCUGGCUAUAACUGGAACGGGUCCAGAUGCAAUGGGAACAGCCUGUGUGACCCAUGUGACCCAAGCAGUUCCACGUGUUCACCAGAUCUAGAAUGCAGCGCCACAACCUACAGAUGUGAAUGCCCAUCUGGCCAAGUACAGAUUGGUGACGAGUGCUAUGGCACCUUAGUAACUGAGCCAUGCACACUUGUUGUUGACACGUGUAUAGAUGAUAACGCUAUCUGUAACGGAACUGUAUGUGACUGUGAGGACGGGUACUCAUGGAAUGGUACCCAGUGUAAUGGCCAGAAUCUGUGUGACCCAUGUGAUCCCUCAAACCCGACAUGUAGUUCAGAACUCACCUGCAGCUCGGACACAUAUAGAUGUGAAUGUUUGACAAACCAAGUUCAAGUCGGAGAUAAUUGCUACGGAACACGUGUCGGUGAGCCGUGCACAACAACACCUGACACGUGCAUUGAUGACAAUGCUGGAUGCAAUGGUACAGUUUGUGAUUGUCUACAGGGCUACAAAUUUAAUGGAACAUUUUGUGUUGGCCAGCAUCUAUGCGAUCUAUGUGAUUCUGCGACGCUUUUGUGCGAUUCCAACCUUGUGUGCAGCAGCGAAACAUACAAAUGUGAAUGUCCGACCGAUGAAGUACAGAUCGGAGAUGAUUGCUAUGGAACACGUGUAGGUGAAGCGUGUACAACUGUAACUGACACGUGUACAGACGAUAAUGCUGAAUGUAAUGGAACCGUGUGCACGUGCGUGACUGGCUUUAUCUGGAAUGGUUCUUUGUGUGUCGGGCCUGGUCUAUGUGAUCCAUGUGACCCUGCCACUCCGUCAUGUGGUAGCGGUCUCGUGUGCAGCGGUACCACAUACAGGUGUGAAUGCCCGUCUGAUGAGGUGCAGAUAACAGAUGGCUGCUACGGUACUGAUAUAGGAGAUGAUUGUCUGACAACAUUGACUACAUGUGUUGACGAUAACGCUGAGUGCUCUUCUGGAACUUGUUCUUGUUCAUCACCUUUCACAUUUAAUGCUACCCUUGGAAUAUGCGUUGGUCCUAACUUAGACGAUCCAUGUGAUAGUGAUUCAUGUGGCACGGGAUUGACAUGUGGAACAACUAGUCAGAGAUGUGAAUGUGAAACUCCACGUGUCCAAAUUGACAACGUCUGUUAUGGUACACGUGUCACAGAAUCCUGUACAGUCAAUCAUGACACAUGCAUUGACGAUAACGCAGAAUGUUUAGCUGGUGUAUGCACGUGUUUAACUGGGUACUCCUGGAAUGGUCUCAUUUGUGUUGGAAGCGAAAUUGAUGACCCGUGUGAUUCUAGUUCUUGUGGAGAUGGUCUCGUUUGUGGACCUACGAACCGAUGCGAAUGUGAAAGCCCUCGAGUACAAGUGAACAAUUUGUGUUAUGCUUUGAUUUGUGAUAAUUGUACUACCAACAGCGAUUGCCUUGGAACAAACCAAAUUUGUUUGAACUAUACAUGUCAGUGUGACACCAACUAUUAUUUAGAUAAUUGUAGCAUCUGCCAACCAAAGGUCAGUAAUGGUCAGUCAUGUUUAGCAGACGAGGAAUGUCUUUCCGGUAUUUGCGCCUGUAACGAGUGUGUAGCCUCAGUUGACGAUGAUUGCUGUGAAGAUUGCGAGGAUAUCAGAUCUGAUAUCACCAUAGUUACUGACGCAUCAGGCUCUCCAGGAACGUUUGCUGAAAUUCUCGGAUUUGCUAGUGCCCUUGUCAAUGCAUUCGUUGUGUCCCCUACCGAUGUUCAAAUUGGUGUUGUCGACUUUGCGGGCAGCGUAGACAAUGGAGAUUCAUUCAAUAUGAAUGUUGAAACAAAUAACCUUGACGUAACAUUUGAAAUUGUAGUAAACAAUUACAAUGGUGGAAGCAGAAGAACGGACCUUGGAUUAGACAGAGCAAGAUCAUAUUAUGGCACUUCAGCCAAUAGAGCUGGUGUUAAUAAUUUUGUCAUACUUCUCACUGACGGAUCAGCAUCGGAUAGUGGCGCUUUGACCACCUCUGCUAAUUUGUUAAAUGCCGUUUCGGAUAUGAAGGUAUUUGCCGUUGGGAUCAACAAUCUAGCACCGUUAAGCGAGCUUCAAACAGUUGCAACGGAUAAUACAUGUGCCUUCCAAACUGCAACCACUACAACUCUGAAUACUAUCGUUCAAGAGAUUCUUGACAACUCAUGCCUCGACGUAUGAAGAUAUUUGUGAACUAUUCCGAGACCAACAUUAUGGACAGAGACGCUUCAUUGAUAAUUAAUGUAAUGUUUU